GUUUGGUUUGCUUUGUUAGAUUUUGAUAGUUUUUCUAGUCACUUUUGGGUAUGCUUGCCGGCGUCGAUUACAAAAUUAACUCCUCAAGUGGUGGACGUUUACCCCUACAGCUGAAGUGGUUUAUACAGAGUUCUUCCUGAAUUCUAUUAACGUUGAAGCAAAAUCCGCAUACCUAAAUCGUUGUUAGACGUAUCUGGGUGACGUGAUAGCAAGUCGAGAGCAAGACAGUGAAGCUGACGCUAUAAUGACGGAUAUUGACCUCCACUUGUCUUUCUUUCUCGGUGUUUGCUAUCAUGUGGAGGCAUAGGACAUACCCAGCAAUUAGGCAAAGACAAGUUGACAGGAUAAUUGAUAAGUUUAUUGAGAAACAUUAUGGUAAAAAGGCAAAAGACUUUUGAGUAUUUAUAUUCGGGCCUAUUCCCCAAAUGAAUGUUUAGUGCUCUAGGCGAAGAAUUUGUUGGCAGAUAGUGACAUCUGAAUUACCUGUUAUAGUAAGUUUACGAGUAACUCACACUAUAUAAGCUCGCUGUUUCAGGGUAUUCUCCUGCUGGCUUCCCAGAUAGGCAACUCUCGCAGUUUGUACCUAACUGAGGGCAUCUUUUGUGUGAACUGAGUGUGAGUUGAAUGUGAAUGUGCGUUAUGUGCGUUAAGAUUAUGACAUAUAGAAUGAACGUAGAAUUUUAUCACAUUACAGUGAAUGCAUAACUUAUCUUCCGUCUUGGAAUCUUGGAUAAACAGCGGAAGUAGAUAAUCAUUCAAUAAGCAUCGUCAUCUGCUUUUAUUUUGAUUAUAAUGCUAUCUAAAUAGACCAAAACUAUCAAACUUCUCUCUUACUUACGCUCAUCAUCAUGGAUCACGAACGCGAUGAGAAAUUAGUAUUUGAGAGCAGCGAGGAGGUACAGGUAGCCAGCAGCUUUGAUAAAAUGGGUUUAAAGGAAGAUUUGAUUAGAGGUAUUUACGCAUAUAACUUUGAGAAGCCAUCAGCUAUCCAGCAGAGAGCUAUCGUGCCAAUUACUAAGGGUAGAGAUGUUAUCGCUCAAUCGCAAUCUGGUACAGGUAAAACUGGAAGCUUUGCUAUAUCAGCAUUACAAACCAUCGAUACAAACAUCAGAGAUACUCAAGCUUUAGUACUGAGUCCUACACGUGAAUUAGCCACACAGAUUCAAUCAGUUGUACUUGCUUUGGGUGAUUACAUGUCAGUUCAAUGUCACGCUUGUAUUGGUGGCACCAGCGUUGGAGAAGACAUCCGCAAACUCGAUUACGGUCAACACGUCGUUUCUGGUACCCCAGGAAGAGUAUACGAUAUGAUUAGACGUCGUAACCUCCGUACGAGGAACAUCAAAAUGCUUAUCCUCGAUGAAGCUGAUGAACUUCUUAACUUGGGUUUCAAAGACCAAAUUUAUGAUAUCUACAGAUAUCUUCCACCAGCAACUCAAGUCGUUUUAUUCUCUGCCACAUUACCACACGAUGUUCUUGAAAUGACGACAAAGUUUAUGACGGAUCCAAUUAGAAUAUUAGUAAAAAGAGAUGAAAUUACUUUAGAAGGUAUCAAACAAUUCUUUGUAGCUGUUGAAAAGGAGGAAUGGAAAUUUGACACUCUUUGCGAUCUUUAUGAUACGCUAACGAUCACACAAGCUGUUAUUUUCUGUAAUACUCGCAAGAAAGUUGAUUGGUUAACUGAAAAGAUGCGUGAAGCUAACUUUACGGUCUCUUCAAUGCAUGGUGAAAUGCCACAAAAAGAACGUGAUGGUAUUAUGAACGAAUUCCGUGGUGGUAACUCAAGGGUUUUGAUUACAACUGAUGUUUGGGCUAGAGGUAUUGAUGUUCAACAAGUAUCACUCGUUAUUAAUUACGAUUUACCAAGUAAUCGUGAGAACUACAUUCAUAGAAUAGGUAGAUCAGGUAGAUUUGGUAGAAAAGGUGUAGCAAUUAAUUUCGUUACUGUUGAGGAUGUCAGAAUUCUCAGAGAUAUUGAACAGUAUUACGCUACUCAAAUUGACGAAAUGCCAUUAAACUUGACAGAAAUGGUUUGAUUAAUUUAAUUGUAAAAGAAUAGGUUUCAUUAAUUUCAUAAUUUUAAUUAUACAGAAAAGAAAGUGUACAGAAAAUUUCCCUUUUAUUACAACAGAAAUUACCAACCAUGUAAACUACCAAUUGUUUUUGAGCCAUCAUCAUAGAAAGGAUCAUUAGUAGCCAUAGUAUUAAGAUGUACCUCAUGAGGAUUUUGAUCAUCUUCAGGUGCUAUACCUAAAAGAUUUGCUGGCAUCUCAUGACUAGCAGCUACACCACCUGUCGACGAGGUUGUGUUAGUCAUAAAUUGUCCACUCCAAUUGUCAAAUGUUGGUGUAAAGCUUGGACUGUUUUGUAAAUAAGCAGUAGGAACCUCUAAAGUAGAUAAAAUAUUAUUAGGAUCCCAUGGUUGGAGAUCAAAGUUAUAAUCGAGUGAUCCAGCUCUAUGUUUUACAGGAACAGUUGUGGUCGUGCCGGGUGACUUAUCAUGACCCGAUGCAGCGUGUUUUGGAGUUGUUUGUUGUGAUUGACUACCAGGUUGCGAUGAAGCAGCAGCCUGUGAACCAGCAGCUACCGCAGCAGCGGCGGCAGCAGCAUUAUUGUUGCUAUGACUACUAAAUGAAGCAGAUCUGCUAUGACUAUGUGUCAUAUGUGAAGGCUCAUAAACGUAUUUACCUUCUAAAGCCAACAAAAUAUCCGCCCGAUGAUAUUUUCUCAGUCUCACCAUAACGUCUGCAGCUUUCUCGAGUGCCUUAUGAACAAGAUCCCACUUAUAAUUUUUUGCUGUACUUUGCAAUAUUAGAGAGUAUUUAGCUAAUAAUCCCAGCGGAGAAGACUGUGUGUUUUGGCUUAUAAAAGGAGUCAUUGCGCUUUCUUUGCUGAAGAAACACAACCUGAUUAACAUUGUGAGAAGCAAAGUGAAAUGGUUGGCAGCGUAUAUCAACCAAUAUCCUCUAAUAUCUGAUUCUGUCAACGUAGAUAAGAAAUCAACCAUCAUAUUAACCAACUCCAUUGAUUGGUUAUCUGGCGGAGGAAGCGGUUGUCCAUGGUACUGGAAUUCCAAUGCCUGCUUUCUCAAAAACAAUCUCAAGCCCAUAAUCUCCCAUUGGAAAGACAAUGUUCCUGGACUCUUUUCAAGUGGUAUCGACUCAUUAUAAAACUUCUCAGCCUCAUGUUCCAAAACAAACACAAUCUGAAGUUUUUCUUGUCUUGUUUUUUGUCUCUUAGCUCUAACAGUUACCAGUGCUUCAUGUGUUCUGACGAGAAGGUGGCAGAGAGCGCACAUACCCCUGAACGAUCUGGCAGAAGAAGAUGGUUGUGGAAGACUGUUGAGUGAUGGCAGCGGAACAUCAGUAUCAGCUGGUGAUAUAUGAGUUGGACGAUUCUCAUAAACCGCUAUAGAAGAGGAAUGUAUAACACAUCCCCACCAUAAUCUUAUUCUCAAAUCGCGUUCCCAACUAGGUAUUGACCAGUCGGUCGGGUCUAAAUGCAAACCAAGUAGCUGCGCCUGAGCAACUGUUCUUGCUAAAACUAAAUAAUUACCACGUGGGUCCAUUGAAGGUCGACCAUUAAGAUCAAGUAAGUUUGCAGCUAUAGUUGAUAACUUCGGUUUAUCGAAAUCAGGAUGGGUAGCGACGUGAAGAAUGGCCCAAGCGUUGAUUGGUAUGGACGUCUGGUCAGUUGUGAAUAUCAAUGCAGAGGAAUAAAUUGCGCCUAGAAGGUAUGGUGGUGUAGUUUGAUUACCAUCUGGCAAGACUGGAUAUGCUGGGUGAACUAUUGACAAAUAGUUCUGAAUGAGUUGGUCUCUACUACAGUCGCACUGAGCUAAAACCUGAUCAACUUGACUUAACAACGCCAAACCGGGAUCCAAAGAUGAUCUAUAAUGGGGCUUUCUUUCGAAAACCGCAAAAACUGGUCUAUUGGGGUCUAAGGACAAUUGUCUAACUAAUGAGGGACCGGGUGGUAAUAAAUUACUAAUAUCAUCCGGUGCUGAACUAACUAAAUGUGGCUCAUGUGAUUCAGGCGUGCUCAAAUCCAAAGACGCGAAUACGUUGGAUAAAGAGGACAUAUCUGAGGGUAUAUAAGGUGUAAAAUUAAUCUCGUCAAGUGAACCAGCUGGUUGGUGCGUCUGUGGUUGAGUACCCCGCUUCCUAUUCCUGACUGGACCUGCGACGGGUUGUGAAGUAGUAGGCGGACCAGGCUGUAUAUUUUGAUCCUGCUCAGUCUGUGGUGGCUUCCUUUUCCUUUUCGCAGGAGCUUCUUGGAAUGUACAAGGCUUGUUGGUUUGCUUGCAUUCGUUACAUGGCGGACCAGAUUCCGUAAUAAAGCAUCUCGUUUUAGAUCUUCUACCUGGAUAAACGUAAACGUAUGUCUUAAAUAUCUAUCAGCUUGUCUCACAUAAAUCGCAUGGUCUUUGUUUACGUGAUCUGAAUGGUCGACCACCGGGCGGAACCUGAGGCAACUGCUGAGGAGUUUGUUGACUAUAGCUAUCUAAUUGCUGGCUAUAGCUCAGAUUCAU